CCAGACAGGCAGGCAGGAGACCUGCCCCUCCUCCUACAGCAUCAGCAGCAGCGAUGAUUCAACGCGUCCGCUGUCGACUCCUUUUUGGAUUCACGGCUCAGCAGCUGAGGUCUGCAGUCCCUGAGUGAAGAGCUGAGAGAAGAGCUGGUUUGCUUUCGCAGCAGGAGUUCUUCACCGCUUCACAGCUUCCAUCGAGGGCGCAGUCUGCUCUAGUUUGAGGCGUUUUGCCCCUCUGUCGGUGUUCAGCCAACAGCUCACCUGCAGAGACUCCUGACAAUGCCUCGCUCCCGGGCGGAGCUCCCCCGGUUGACCGGCCUCCUCGUUCUCCUUUUUCUUCUACCUGUUUUCCCGUUUUCCUCAUCAUCCUCCUCCUCCUCCUCUCACCCUCAGUGGGUCCUCCAGCGUAUCCCUGUGGUCAUCCCCCAGCACACGGAGGCUCGGCCGGCCCCUCAUUUUCUGUCUCAGGCCCGCUUGGAUGUCACCUCAACCUGUGACCCCGAAUGCCACAAGAAGGCCCCUCAUCCAAGCUACUGGGACCUGCGGAGUCUCCUGGCAUAUGAGACUCUCCACUCUAAUGGUCGGCUCACUGAGACUGCCAUUAGGAUCUAUGGCUACAACCCCAACUCUAACACGACCCCAGCCUACUUAACUGGGUCCUCAGGCAAGGCUGAGAGGUCACAUGUCAGAAGAAAGCGCCAGAUCUUUGGCCACGAUGGGCGAUUUAGUAUUGCUGGGCAGGACUUCUUGCUUAAAUAUCCAUUCUCAGUGGCUGUCAAACUGUCCACUGGGUGUUCUGGUACACUGGUGGGAGACCGUCAUGUUCUCACAGCUGCUCAUUGUGUUCACGAUGGUAAAAACUAUGUGAAAGGAGCUCAGAGGCUCCGGGUUGGCUUUUUAAAACCUAAGCAACGAGACACACAACAGUCUUCCUUCCACCUUCUCUCCAACUUCACCAACCAUGUUGAAGGAGGUCCGAGUCCCUACGCACCACCUACCAGUGACAUAAUGAAGUUCCAGUGGAUCAGAGCCAAGCGCACCCAUGUUCCCAAAGGCUGGAUAAAAGGGAAUGCUAAUGACAUAGGAAUGGACUAUGACUAUGCUUUGCUUGAACUCAAGAAACCCCACAAACGGCGCCACAUGAAGCUGGGAGUCAGCCCCCCCGCUCAGGGACUGCCUGGUCGCCGAGUCCACUUCUCAGGAUUCGAUAACGACCGGCCAGGACAGCUGGUGUAUCGGUUCUGUCGUGCCGGCGAGGAGACUUCAGACCUGUUGUACCAGCACUGCGACGCUCAACCCGGGGCUAGCGGCUCGGGAGUCUACGCGCGGAUGUGGGAUGGUCGGCGCCGACGCUGGGAGCGGAAGGUGAUAGGUGUGUUUUCUGGGCAUCAGUGGGUGGAGCGACAAGGUGCGUCCCAGGAAUUUAAUGUAGCGGUGAGAAUCACGCCUCUGAAAUAUGCUCAGAUCUGCUACUGGAUAAAAGGAAACUUCAUGGACUGUAGGGAGGGGUGAAAACAAAAACAUGAGGACCACACAAGGGGUGUAAAACCACAGCCACAAAUCCCUUUGGCAUAACAGGAGCCACACUUUUCAACCCCACUGCACUGAUAUGUUAACAUAAAUAUGCCAAUAUCUACACGCCGACGAGACUCAGAUCCAGUAAUGACAUGACAAAUGGGCCACUUUAAUUUGUGCCUUUGCUUAGUUUUUGAUAUCAAGAAAGUCUUUUUCUCCCUUUUAGAACAUUUAUCAGGAUAACCAAGUUUUAUUUGGACUCAUUUAAUCUGAAACAUGGACUGAUGGGGUGGGACCAGAGAAACUGUUUAUCUAGACACUGCAGCAUUUUAACUGAGCUAAUACUAAAGAUUGCACUGUUUUCUCUACUGAAAUUUAUAUUUGUGAAUGAAUGUACAAGUCAGCUACCAAAGUUGCCAACUGUUUCCUUCCAAACCUCUCAGUGGAAACAGUAGUUAUCUACAAGCAUAGCACGCUUUAUUUACAGUGGGAGGCGUGGUGGAAGCGUUUUGCAGGGGUUGAUAUUUCAGGACUUUUGCAAGUCUGCAGAUUACUUGGUAAAUGAAGCAGUUUGUGGAGUGUUGUUUCUUAUUGCCAAGCGCCAUCUGCUGACCACAUAAGAACACUGCAGGUGUCCACAUGAACAUGAUGGCAUCCCAAGUUAGUGUAGGCCUACAUAAGCACUUUUUACCUAUUUGUGACGUUUCUGAAGAAACCAGAAAUCUGUCAGAUUUAAUGAAAUAUAUGCUUUGAAAUAAGGCAAGUGUCUUCUAUUUUUAUCCCAGUCCGCUCACAAGACAAAUUAAAACAAACACAACGUUGGUUCGACAAGUUGUUUUUAUUUCCAAUUUCAAAAUAAAAUAAAAAAAAUUUCAAAAAAAAAAAUUUCAAAAAAAAAAAAAAAAUCAGAAAUGCUGUGGGGAACCUGAACACUGUAAAAAGCCGAAAUAUGAGGACCAGCUCCUUUGACUUCUCCAGCACUGACAUACUCAACGGGUUCAUCACUGACUCUGAAUGUGGAAACGUGGAUAUGUGGAUGUGUCAUGUUUUUUUAAAACCAUUUGAAGUAAAUGAGCAACAAGUUGACUAAAGUCGAGAGGGUAGAGCAGUAAUAAAUUUAGAAUCUAUUCAUAUCUCAAUUCUUCAGCUUUUAUUCAAAGCAGACUCUCCACAGAAGCGGGAGUUACAGAGUUAAAUUGUGUCAUUUCAGAAUUACCCUGGGCAAAUUAAAAGAUGAGAGCCAUUCAAAACUCAUUUCAGCAAUGGCGCUCAACUGAAGGCAACAGCACGGAGAAAGAAAGAAAAAAAAAAAAAUACCGAUUCACAUCAACAGCACAAUUCAGCUGCAAGACUUUGCUACAUUCAAGUGUAAAGUGACCACAAAGUAUAAGCACCAAAGAAAGGGGAGACGUUUGCAGACAAACUAGAACAUGUAUGACAUGUGAAUUAGAGGAUCUGUCAAACCUGUGUGCUCCACAUGUACACUGGUUCAUCUCAAAGGUAGCAAUGUG